AUGGGGACUGUGAUCUUUUGCCAGACAGUUCUCACCUUUCAAGAGGCGUGCCUUGAUCCUAAACAAGCUGACUCUGAGAAAGACCCAGCCGAUCAGCGCCUGCACCGGGGCCUCACAUUGAGGGUUGACUUGGAAAGGGUGAAUGAGCGCUUCGGCUUGGCUAAACAGGGUCCAAAGUCACGCUUUGAGUUUGUGAGUGGCACUAGCAUCAAGUGUCCAGAAGCAUUCCUUCGGCUGACUACAUGCCUUGAUGCAAAGGGCCUUGCUUGGAUCAAAAAGCGCGUGGAGCCUGGAAAAGACUUUGAUGUCAACGAGUUCCUUCGAGAGGCAAAGACUGUCAUUCAUGCGCCAACCACCCUCCUGGAUAGCUGUAUCAACACCUGCAGCCUGAGCAUGGACUUGAAGGACCUAGAGCAGAUGAAGAUCGCCUCAAACUUCGGGGAUUUGAUUGGCAUCAUGCCGCAUUAUGCCAAGGUAAGCUCCAUCAACCGCUCGUUGAUGAAUGACAUUUCCGCUGAGAAGCUCGGAGCUUGCGAAGCGUUUCAACAUCAGGUUGAGGAGAAGCUGACAGAACAUGUUGACUAUUUCAGCGGGAUCUCAGAGCAGCUCGAGCGCCUGAACAACAAGUACAAGCUCGUCAAGAGCAGUGCAGCCACAUGGGCGAUGCAAGAUGUGAUGUGGAUGUUCCAAGAGAACGAGGACACGGACAGUGACGUCACCCUCAUGAGCGAGCACAGGACUGAACUAUCUGAGUUCUCGAAGGUUGCUGAAAAGAUCCUGUCCAUCAAAGGUGGCACCACAGCUUUUGACCUUUUGGCUGGGAAGAUGAAGGACCUUUCCAAUCGGGCGAAG